AUGACUCACGAACGUCAAACUUUACCAGACUUAGACACAAUUUUGAAGACAAUACGCUCAGGGUGGAAUACACCAAAAAAUCGAUGUCUUAUCAACAGUCGGGCGAGUGACUUUUCGGAAUCAUCAUCAGCUACUAGUUGCCAUAAAUCAUUCAAAAUGGGAUCGGGAACCAAUUCUUCGAUGGUCGGUCCGGGCUUAUUAAGACGACGGUACUCUGUGCCAGAAAUCAUCAUGAGAAAGCACAGUCUGGCUCAACAAAAAUCGGUAGAAGAAAGCAUAGCUUCAUCAGCUCCAACGCCAUACCAUUCACCCAUCGCACAUCGAAAGCUAAACAGCCACAAUUCGUCGGCCAACUCAUCCGGUUCGGAAACGAAUGUGUCCCGUCACGGUGAUCGCGAAACGUCCAUGCGACGACAAUUGUUGCGCCGAAUCUGGAGCAAAGAAUUCCGUCAGUACACUGAAAGUCGUUCAGGUAGCUGGUCUCCGCCAAUGCGACGAUCACAGCGUCGUUUACAUGUCGAAUUGCCGGAUAGGUGUAAGGAAUGUUCGAAAAUCGAACAGGCAUGUGUUCUAGCCUCACCGAAACGGGUUCGUUUGAAUUCAUCGCCAAUCGCAUCGACAGCAUGCGUACAAAGUAGUACAAAUUCAGCCAAUUCGGAUCGAUUCAUAUCGAGCAGUGAUGUGCAUGCACCGACUACAUGUUCCAGUGAGACAACUGAUAUGACUAGUACUUCGGAUAGUGAGGCUCAACGCACCACUCCCGACGAACACAUUUUAGUCGGAAUGGAUGCAUCAUCUGUUGAUGAACAAGGGGCCGAUGAUGGUGUUACGGUUGUCGAAGAAAGUACUGUUGACGGAACACAAUCAACACCAUCACCAUCACCAUCGCCAUCACCACUAAACACAAAUGACACCAGCGAUGUUGUCGACUCAGCGUACCAGAAUACAACAAUCAAUGACGAAUCGAUUAAUAAUUCAAGGAUAGAAAGUGAAGACCAUGAAAAUGGAAACAUUCUGUCACGAAACACAAACGGACACACCACGGCGGAAACUAUUGAAGAGAACGGAAACGACGUAGCAGUAGUGGAUCAAUAUGUUUCGGCACUGCUAGUAAAUAGUUUAAAUAAUUUAUUGGACGCUGUGAAUGAACCCACGUACAUAACACCAAAUAGUAAUUUGUUGGAUCGUGACUCCGCUGAUUAUACCACCAAUGGUUUUAAGAUCAACGAUAAUGAAAGCAACAGUGCCGUCUCCACGAUAAACUGUGAACCGAUUGACACUUCAAAGUCAUCGGAAUAUGUAGAAGGGUCUACAGUCAAUGACGAAAUGGAUGAUCAAAAUGCGAACACAAUCCAGGGUGUUGUCGACGAGGAGCGAGUGAUUUAUUUUCCUCAUUACGUCGCAGACUGUAAAGACGAUGAAUCCAUCUAUUCGACACAAUUGUCGGAAGAGGAUUUUCUGGGCUCAGAUACACCAAACGUGAUCCCAGUUCAAUCAGGCAGUUCGUAUCCGAACUGUGAUCGUAAUCACGGCAUCAUUGUUUCACGAUCGGUUCACAGAACUGAAUCGAUGGAAGCCGAACCAUCCUCCGCCUCUCCACGAGAGGAUCAUGGUGGGAAUGAAUCCGAUGCCAGUUUAGUCGAUAGUUUGGACGAGCCAAUUUCAUUGAAUGUUGAACGUACCGACGACGCUGUGCCAACACCGGCGAGUCCAACUAUUGAGAAAAGUCAGUCAUUUUUUGUCCCGAUCGUUGAUACCAAUCAACAUAUCGAUGAGCAUAUUGAUGUGGCUGCAGCGAUGCCAGAAAAGUUACGCGAGAAAUUGGCGAAACGUCAGCUUGAUAUGAGUACCAAGAAGAAGAUGGAAAUCAACAAAAAGCAAAAGAAAAUCCAAAAAAUCAUCGACCGAAAUCAAGCUGGUAACGACGCUGUCGUUGAAGCUUCUGACAAAUCAAACAAAUCGAAAUCAUCGUCAACUUCCUCUCCAUCUGUACCGACGCAAGAUCGCAAGAUCUCGCAAGAUAGCAGAUCGAGUAAUUCAACAGCAGGACAUGGUAGAGGAAGCAAACAUAAAUUCUUGCGAUCCGAAAUCGGAAUGCUCGAGUCGUAUCGAAUUGAUUCGCGUGGCAAUAUGCAGUUUACCGCACCGCCCAAAUCCGAAAACGGAGGCAGUCUAGUCAAGAAAACUCCUGCCUCGGUGAAAAAGCCACAGCCGCGAAAAGGUGACAUUAUUACCAUCAAACGAUCACAGACCAAAAAGUCAACGAUAGACCACAAUCACCGUCGCAAAGAAGUCAUCAAAGAUGUUCAGCACAUGACUCUCUACCAAGCGCAACCGGAUCUGAUAACACCGGACACCGAGUGUGGACCUCGUCGCAUGUACCAAAAAACGGAAAUUCGUGACGGAGACAAGCGAAUAGAGAUCCUAGAAAUUGUGGAAUGUGUAGACAGUUGCAGUUCUGCCGACGGUUCGGGUUCACCGCACGAAAUCACAUUCCGCACGACAUCCGGAUCACUAACAAGAAAAUCGAAAAUCCCCGUGCCAGUGUACAAAGCCGGACAAUCUACUGGUUUCCAGAAAUCGGUUAAAUGUCCGACACGUGACAAUGCCAGUCCUGGCAAAAUUUUCAUCAAAAACAUUCAACAACUGGGCAACAACACCAAGGUCGAUCAGAUGAUAGCCGAUCUGUUGAUCGAGGCCUUGAAUCACCCGAAAGAAAUGGGCAUCGAGUUUGUUAAAUCGCCGAAAGAAUUCUCACGAACUGGUAGUGGUAGCGGAAAACGACCGUUGAUUUCUCGACGAAAUGUAACCGGAUCUAGACGAUCUGCUGGCGGCACCAAAUAUCAGCAAGUGUUCGAGGUCAUACCCGAAGAGAAGGGCAGCUUUUCGGUGGACUCGUCUGCUGAAGAUUCAAAUUUCAGCCUGAGUGGACAGGCCAGCAAUUUGUUGAGUAAUGCCACAUCCGCACGUGAUCUGACAAGUUCUUCGACGAAGGUGUCCACUGCCGACUCGAAGUUGACACAGAACCGGAUUCCACGAGGAAAGGAGGCCAUCGAAAGUGAUAUUCUUGCCGAACCAGAAGCGUGGGUUGGAUUUUUCAAGCAACAUGACGAUAGUUUGGUGGAUAGUGGUAACGAAGGUACAGCUAAAGUGCUGAUUUUUACGUAUUUAACAGUCCAACAUUAUUUUCUCUCCGCACUAGAUGAAGAGAACAGGAAUUCCAACGCUUCUAUAAACACAAACAGCUCAUAUCAUCCAAAAACUGUGACAGUCAUUGAGAAGCCUUCCAAAACCAUUAAUCAUUUUCAGUCUCCAUACACUUCGAGUAUCUUUACGCCGGUCUCAUCGGCAGAUAUUUUCGUUUCCAGUUCAGGAUCGGAAAACAUUCUCACUGUAAUAGAUAAAACAUUCGCACAGUCGCCACUUGACGACCAUUUCGACACACCGAAAACAAUUGACUCGAGCGAACGGCCAGUCUGUUCCGAAUGUAUCAAUAUCAAUCAAGAAAUCGAACGAAUUGAGUUAGAAUCGGAGGUGAAAGAACCGAUUGAGUCUGGCAUAGGUGAAGAAGAACCAGGUACUCGAACAACUGAUGUUGAGGUAGUCGAAAAUGUACGAAAUGACGUUCCGAGUAACAGUGUGCAAGACGAAAAUGUAUGGCAGGUUGAGGACAUAAAAAAUUACAAUUCAGAUCAAAAGAAAUCACCAGAACCACUGGAAACAGUGACACCUGCAACGAAUGCAGAAAUCGACAGUACCAGCUUCAUUGUGUUACGAGACGACGGGAACGAAAUGCUGAAAAAUACAAAAAUUGACGAGGUUUUACCGAAUUCGCGGGAUCGAUGCGUUGAUUGUUGUUUUUGUAACCCGGACUUGCAUAGACGUGAUGGUGCCUCCUCAGCGGCAAGCUGUAAUUUCUGUAAUAAACGAAGAGAGACGUCGAAGAAUCGAGAAACGGAAACGAAGAGCACUAACACAGCCCGCGCGUAUGAAAGUUUGUCAAAAAGUGAUCACACACACAUCAGAACUAAGUCGAAAGAGUCGGAUACGGUUAGCUUGAAAUGCACCAGAACCAGCUCACGAAUCCGUAGAUUUGUACCAGAUGAUGCGUUGAAUGGUAACUUGUGCGAGAAUGUCGGAGAAAAAUCCAGCAAAAAUCGGUCAACGAAACCGGAUCUGUCCAAAAAGCCUCCGAAAGCGCCAAACAUUUCGCCUGCUCGUAAGGUGAACACGGAAUCAAUGUCACCAUCACACAAACCGAAUGCUAGAACAACAUCUGGCAUUCGACUUCCGAGUCCUUUUGUUGCAGCCAUUUCAUCUCAAAGUUGUGACAGCACUUCCAGUCAAUGUUCUUCAAGUAGUUGCAGUCCAGGUAGUCCUAAGAAAUGCCCAGUGCUGCCUUCGGGACGAUGGCAAAACAGUGGUGGACAUCAAAAGCCGUCGAGCAAAAUUCGAGCUUCCCGAUACAAGGACUUUUAUGGGGACAACGACAAGAAGCAAGUGGCUAACAAAAAUGAGCUUGGUCACAUUCAGAGUCCCAAUCAGAAUACAGGUUGGUCAUUAACCUUAGCUGGAACGUACAAUGAUGAUAUGGCACCAGAUGUAGAGAUGCGUUUAAGUUUUCCGAAGAAAAAUGGAAAGACCGACAGUGAAACGGGCUCGUUGAAUCGGAAGUAUUCAAAUUCGUACAAGCAAGAGAAUGGCAACUACCAAAGCUUCCAGCGUGAACAGAGUGACGUCUCAAAUGAAAACUACCAACUAAAUAAUCGGGCCGCAUUGCCAACAGCCGGAAAUGGAAAUAUUAAUCCAAAACGGACAUUGUCAAAGGCUGUUAUUGAUAAAAAUCGAAAUCUACGAAAUUACAAUCUACCGGAUUUGAGUCCAUUCAAUGGAACUAUUGCUCAACAGACGGCUAGAAAAACCAUCAAGCGUUCCGAAUACAGUGUAGCCGUGGCAUCAGCCACCCGAACCAUAUCGAACUAUCCGAACGGCAAACAACAACGUGCCAUGUCAUUCCAGGCACUGAACGCCAACGCUUAUCGUUUCGAUAACCGUGAUCGAAGACGAGAUCAUUCCGUUGAUUUGGGUCAUCUGUCUAGCCGUCGCAUGUCGAUCGAUAGUCAAACACCAUCAGAAGCAAUGGCUCUGUCGAUAUUGGGUAAUGCGAUUGCACCUGAACAAAAACCGAGAGUUCCUACAAUGAGCGAAAGAGAUUUGACGAGGAAGCACAAUUCGUGUUUCACGAGAAAUCGAUCAUUUUUCUCGUAAAAAUUAUGUUUAAUUUACAAUAAUAAGGUGUUAGCAUUAUAGAAAAACAAAGUACAUACAUUAAUGUCGUAGACGACCCGACCACAUAAUACAAGUAUUUAUUUAAAAGUAACAACCAAUCCUAUGAAUUGAGUAAACUGAUUAGUGUAAAUUAUUCCUUACACACCUACAUAUUAGAGACAAUUUUACCAGAUGUAUAUCCUUUAAUCCUGUUAGUUCCAAUUGAAUUUUAUUUAUCAACGACGACGUUAGUUCUUUUUUAUGAAUAUACUCCCUUAAAAGUAGAUUUAUUAAAAUAAAGAUUUCUGU